AUGGCAGAACUAUCGACUGACCAGGUCAGAGCCUUGGAUCAGACCCGACAGCGGCUACUGGCUCUCCAAACAUCUCUAAUAGCAUUGCGAUCCGACAUCACCACCCAAAGUUCGCUUCCCUCUUGGCCUGCUCUCCAAACCCACGCCAAUCUCAUAUCCAACAACCUCCAGACCAUCGCAGCGCAGUUGGCCGAGCACCGCGAGGCCUUUCAGUCGACCGUUGCGUUCCCGCUGCCUCAAUUUCCUGGCAAAGAACGCGCGUUUAUUCUAGAGACAUUGCUACGAACGAAAUUGGAACCUAAUGUGGAAGACUGGGUCGAAGAAGGUGAAAGCAUAGCGUUACGCUUGCGCAAGGGUGACCCUUCAGGCAUAUCGGAAGCCGACCUGAACGCGCUUUGGCAAUGGGCUCCUACUGCUGCAAACAAGGAGGCCAGAAAGCAGAAAUGGGGCGCAGAUUUCACAUUGGAAGAGAAACAGCGUGGCGUUUCGAACGUUGUUACCGGUCUCCGCAGAGAGUUAGUAGAGCCACCAGACGAGGAAGACGAGGAGGGAGAUGAAGACGAAGAGUACGAAGUCACGGACGAAGAGGAAGAGGAAGACGAUGGGAAUAAAAUGGAAGUCGAGCAGACUAAGAGCGAAAACAAGCCUGGUGGUACCACCGAGAGUGCGACUGUGCUGAGGACUGCGACUCAAAUGCCUUUACAGAGUGUACACAAGUUUAUGGUGACUGGACGGUGA